GUGCGGGCAGGGCCGGGCAGGGCCGGGCCGGGCCGCCCCGGGGCCGCCGCGGGCGCGGCCAUGUGGGCGCUGCGGGCGCUGUGCCUGGCCGGGCUGGGCGCGGCGCUCGGCGGUGCCUCGGCGGACCAGUGCAGCUGGAGGGGAAGCGGGCUGUCGCAGGAGGCAGGCAGCGUGGAGCAGCUCUCCCUGCACUGCGCCGAGGGCUCGCUGGAAUGGCUGUACCCCACGGGGGCCCUUCGCCUCCGCCUGGCCCCCCGCCUGCCCCCCCCUACCGCCGCCGUCAAGGGCAGGAGCCCCCAGCAUGUCACCGCCUGCGUCAAACCCUCCGGCACCUUCCGGGGGGCUCAGCUCUACCUGGAGAGGGAGGGAGUGCUGGAGCUGCUGCUGCCGGAGGCCCCCCGCCCUCGCGUCCGCUGCUUCAGCUGGCUGCCCCGGGAGAAGGUGGCUCUUUUCCUGCAGGCCACCCCGCACCGCGACAUCAGCCGCCGCAUCGCCGCCUUCCGCUACGAGCUGCGGGGGGACUGGCUGGCCCGCCCGGCGCUGCCCGCCGCCAGCUUCACCGGAGAAGGGGCGUGCCGGCCGUGCAACGACACCGAGAUCCUGAUGGCCAUUUGCACUAGUGACUUUGUGAUCCGUGGCAGCAUCCGGAGCGUCUCCAAUGACGUGGAGCUGCAGGAAUCCGUCAUCGGGGUGAGCGCCGCCCGCAUCCACCGCCAAAAGUUCCCCCUUUUCCAGGCGGGGGGACGGCCGGGGCGGCCGGCGGGCAGCAUCCGCACCCCGCUGCGCUGCGGCGUCAAGCCAGGCCCUGGCACCUUCCUUUUCACGGGGUGGCUGCAUUUUGGCGAAGCCUGGCUGAGCUGCGCACCCCGCUAUAGGGACUUCCAGCGCAUCUACGAGGGGGCACGGCGCACGCGCCAGAACCCCUGUGAGUUCCCCGUGGACUGAGGGGCUCGGGGAGGGCAGCCCGGCCCUGCGGGUGCUGGGGGCCUGGGGUCCCACAGGCAGCGAGAGCAUCCCCGGGGGGAUGCAGGGGCAGCGUGCCAGCAGGGAUGGUGCCCAGAGGGAGCGCGGCACUUCGGUCCUCGCUGGGUAGUCAGGCCCCAGCAGCACCCGCCACUGGGCUGGGGGGGGGGUCCCGGGAAAAUCCUGCCGGAAGGGAAGGGAUUUUCCCAGGGCGCACUUGCCAGUGGUCCCCAAGGGACCUGCCCGGGUAUGGGGUGCAGCGGCAUGGGGCAAUGGGUUAGGGGCUCCCAGGGGACUGGGGUGCUGCAGGCUCGGGGUGCUGCAUGCUCAGGGGAUGCUGCGGGCUCGGGGAUGCUCUGGGGCACAGUGGGUCCAGCACGAUGGGGGCAGCUGUCCCCCCCCCGGGGAGGGCUCGGUGGCGGGUGGCCAUGGCAGUGGGUGGCCGUGGUGAUAGGACUGGGGACACGGUGUGGAUGCGGAAGGGCCAGGAGGUGGAUCUGCAAUGUCGGGGGUGGAAAGGAGAGCAGGAUGGCGGUGAGCCUUGCCCUGGCCCUGCCUGCAAUGUGGGGCUCGGGCAGGAGCCGUGGGGUGGAUGCCGAGGAAGAGGAGCGAGGCCGAAGGGAGCGAGGGGGAUGGCAAGGUGGGAGGAAGGCUGGCGCGGGGACCAGAGGUGUGCCUGGCACAGCCGGGGCAGGACCAAAGCGCCGAUGCAGGAAGGUGCCAGAGGAGCCGGGAGAGGUCGGGCAGUGCCACCCAUCACCGCCAGCCCGGGGCCGUGGCCUCGCGGCGGCUGCCAGGUCCCCCUGUGCCGGGUCGCCAGUGGCAGGGCACGCCGUGCCAGCCGGGGGGAAUUUUUGACCGUGGGGGUGGGGGGCAUCGUAUGUGCACUAAAGUUAUAAUGAUACCAAAUUUGUGACUUUUUUUUAUAAACUAAGCUGUAUUUGUA